GGUGUUCUCGCGUAUUGGGUCCACGUGGCCUACACGGCUGUGCGUCUUCUCACUCCGGGCACAAUUCCAAACGAUCCGAACAACUUCUCUGCCUACACGGACCCGUCCGCACACACCUAUCACGGAUUUACACGUGAUGCGGACAUGCUUGAUCCGAAUCAACCAGUUCAACUGGAUUCCGACGCACCGGGUUUCGGUUACGGCAAACCAGGCAGUGGUGCCCCGGUACAAUCGACCGGCGGAGUAUUUACGGGCAAUUUGGUUGAUGCUUACCAACCGUGAUCGAGACCACGUGUCCACUGUCCCAUUCAUUCAGAACUGA